AUGUCAGGCAGCGGGGCCAGAGAGGCUGUCUUUGCGACACGCCAGUCGCUGGGCAUGAUGAAGAGCAAGCUCAAGGGCGCCCAGACGGGCCAUGAUUUGCUCAAGCGCAAGAAAAUAACGCGCCGCAUCGAUGAGGCCAAGCGCAAAAUGGGCCGCGUCAUGCAGGUCGCUGCCUUUUCGCUCGCCGAGGUCACCUAUGCCGUGGGCGGCGAUAUAGGCUAUCAGAUCCAGGAGUCGGCAAAGCAGGCGCGCUUCCGUGUCCGCACUAAGCAGGAAAACGUUUCCGGUGUCUUCCUUCCCCAGUUCGAGAGCUACACGGUCGAGCAGAACAACGACUUCGCCUUGACGGGUUUGGGCAAAGGCGGUCAGCAGGUGCAGAGGUGUAGAGAGACAUAUGCACGCGCAGUUGAGACGCUAGUAGAGCUGGCCAGUCUGCAGACUGCCUUUGUUAUAUUGGACGAGGUCAUCAAGGUUGUCAACCGCCGUGUGAACGCCAUUGAGCACGUCAUUAUCCCGCGAACCGAAAACACCAUCAAGUACAUCAACUCGGAGCUCGAUGAGCUGGACCGAGAGGAGUUCUACCGUCUGAAGAAAGUGUCCAACAAGAAGCAGAACGACGCUGCCGUCGAGGAAGCCGCAAGGGUAGCCAAGAAGAAGGCCGAUGAGGAGCAAGACGCAAAGGAUUCGGAAAGCGAGGCCCGGCAGCAUGCUGCUGAGAGCAAAGACAUGCUGGGCGACGAGGACAACGAAGACGUCAUCUUCUGAGUACCCGGCAGACGCCUUAGUGAUAGGCUCCAUCUCGGUACCUUCUGUUGGGGCGAUGCUCAGACUGAUGAUGCUUGCAUUCCUGCUUGAACACUUGAGCCUCCUCAUAUGCUUUUACAGCAUUGUUCGGCCACGUGUUUCUUACGGCUACAACUGCGGGCUUGUCGAGACUGUAAUGCGAGAUAAGUAUUGUACCAGGGUUAAAACUGUAAAAAUGCAAUUUUCGGAUAAUCAGGGCAUCUAUUGCAUGGGCCUGUAUCUGAAACAAAUGUCGAACGAGGUAUCAUGAAAGCAUAAAAUCCAUAGCAAUAAAUCCAUAGUUACGCAG